ACAUAGAGACUCGAAUGCGAAUGGGGAUGAAUAGACUAUAGGGAUGAAUGACGAGUGCUCAAUAUUGCGUGAAAAUUUUGUGUCAUUCGAGACGCUGUAACUAAGACUAAGUUCAGGACCAUGUUCAACAGUCUGAAAUUCGACCAAGUAUUUAUCUUUGAUUAGCCUGCACUGUGGGAUUUAAAUGGAAAUUUGAAUUGUUUGGAUGCAUCUCGGACUGGAAGAAGUAUGGAGGGGACUGCUGUACUCAAAAUCUUCUUCCCUGAAAGCUUGUUGAAUGCAAGGAGUGGGUUGUGCCUUGGAACCACACACCCGGACAAACGGUGCAUGUGUGUUUUAGCCAUCGUCCAUCCAUCUGAAGAUGAUCAUGCUCCAGAACUGGAGAUUAAUCUCCCUGUCAUCGGUAUAUAUGAGAACGUGAGCAGAGACCCGAGACCAGAUACAGACGAGAAGAGUCGUCACAUCGGCUGCAUCGUUGAAAUGACACAAAAACAUCACAAUGAGAUUCCGGCUUGUAGGAUCGUCCGAUCACCUUGGCAACAUGUAGGCGGUCCAGGGAACAUUCGCAUUCUCUUCGUACUGUUCAAUGAUUAUCAUAUACUAAACGCCCAGUACGUCUGUUUAGACGAUAGCAAGCGGGGUGCAGAUUCAGCGAAGAAUGAUUCUCAUGGAUCCACGCCUUCCAUGUUGAAGGAACAUAAGAAACCCAUAACCCACCAAUGUGAGGCAGUGGACUUCUUAUUUUCAGCUGUCCGUCACUUUUCUAAGAAUGCACUUCCGGCGUCUCCUCCCAAUAUACCCAUGUCAUGUUUACAAAGAAACUCCAGUAGUAAAGGAUUUCGUAUAUGCAGUCAAAUCUGUGAGAUUUGUUUUAUCUUGCCAGUCUUAUUCAUGAGAUCUCUGUUUUACUGCUUGGACAGUAUCAAGGAAACAAGAUUAAUUCAGAGUGACCGCCUGUAUGGAUUUCUCACAUUCCCCUCGACUGGAUCUCAUCUUGCCAAUAAAUUAAACCAGUUCUGGGAGUUCAUGAGGAAGGACGACAAAGGUAGAGAAGAGGGAUUAUCAGAAGAGGUCAGAAGGUCGAGCAAUGAUUUCAUCAGGGUUGGCAAUUCAUUUUCUACUUUGAUGGUUGAUCUUGUACUUGGUGUUUUGAUGUUGAUAUGGAUGCACAAUGCUGAUCUACUGUCCUUACUAGCAGCUAAUGUCCAAGAUUGGGCCGAUCAAACAGGCAUUGGUCUACAGCAUUUACUACACUGGUUAAUGGGUGCCCCAGCUGGUCUGAAGCUCAACACUUUCUUGGCUCACUUCUUAGGAAACUUUUUUCUCUAUCAUGUCUACCUUUGGAUUGGAUAUCUAAGUGUUCUACUUCCAAUCAUGACUUCAUUGCUGUGGUGCAUAGCAGGAGCCGGGAUACUGGGGUUAUCUGUUCAGCUAGCGCUGUUUUCUGACCUGCUAUCAGUUCUCACUUUCCAUAUCUACUGUUUCUACGUGUAUGCUGCAAGAAUCUACAGUCUUCAGAUAGCAGGAUUGCUUUCCUUGGCGCGUCUGUUUCAGGGCAAGAAGUGGAAUGUUCUUCGUCAGCGGGUCGAUUCAUGUUCCUACGACGUUGAUCAGCUCUUCAUGGGGACGCUCCUCUUCACCAUCCUGUUCUUCAUGCUACCCACCACAGCUCUUUUCUAUGUUGUCUUUACCCUGCUACGUCUAUUGAUACUGUGCAUCCAAAGCCUACUCACUCUCUUGAGGGAGCUACUCCAUACCUUCCCAUGGUUCUCACUGUUACUAUGGCUCGGCGGAUCGAACAUGCUCAACAAGGAAGUCCACUUCCAAGUGCUUCCUGUAUCGCCUUGGCAACCAGCUUCGCUUUCUCUGCAGAUUCAGUUGAUGUCUUUACAAGAAGCACUUCAAGUUGGACAUACUCCCGCUGUCUCUCUCAAACCAGAGAAGAUGUCAUUGUUACUCAUCUUUAGAAAGCUUGUCAGAGGUCAACUGAUAUAUCCAUGGGGUGGGGACCACAGUUAAGCAUCAAGGGGGGGGGGGGUGUUUCACAAAGAUUUAAGUGUGACUUAAAGUCACACUUAACUUCCCAGUUGCGUGAGCUAUAAAACGCCUCACCCCAUUGGUCAAAUCAUGAUAAGUGGAAGCGCUCCUACUGUGUAUUUAUCAAUAAGAUUGCACAUUGAAUAUCAUGUGCGUGCUAGCAUUUAAGCAUAAAUGUAAGUCACACUCAAUUUUUUUUGUGAAACACUCCCCAAGACUCUCAACAUACACUGAGUGAUAAAAGCCAGGGGGGUGUUUCACAAAGAUUUAAGUAUGACUUAGAGUCGCAGUUAAAUGCCGACGCUUAUAGAUUAUGUAACGCGCAAUCAUAUUGAUUAAUACGCAGUAGUGCGCGUCCUCUUGGCAUGAUCCGACCAAUGUGGUCGUGCAUUUUAAGGCAUUUAAGUGCGACUCUAGGUCAUUCUUGAAUCUUUGUGAAACACCCCCCAGACGUCUUGUUAAGGCAGUAUAUCCAUCUCAAUAUUAGUGUGAAAUAAAAAAAAAACAGAAUAAAUUCAAACAAUAAUAUAUUGCAAUCAGGGGCGGAUCCAGGAUUUUCUUCACUUUCAAAAGGGGGGGGCACACUUCUGUUUUAAACGACAUUACAAAUUUUAAUUUUGCUUCUCCGCCAGUUAUAGCAAUAGAAACGAGGAGUAGCAGCAGAAAGGGAAAACAAAGAGAAAAGAAGAUUAGAAUAGGAGCAAGAAGAAUACCUAAAAAAGCUUAAUGAAAGCCAUGUUUGAUCAAAAAGUGUUUCAGGUGGUGCUUGAAUCUGUUACGAAAUGAAAUCGAGGGUACACAUGUAGGGAGUGAAUUCCCGACUGAAGUGUAUGGUGCUUAUAAGCAUUUGAGUGUGGUGCCGAAGGAUGGUCAUGUUAGUGUUGGGGGAGAAAAUAUGCACCAGUUUUUGUGGUGGGGCUAGUGUUACAUCCCUCAGUACAUAACUACCUAGAACAGUAACAACUUAAGUAUUGUAUUCUAAAUCCAGAGUCAAGUUUGGAUUCAGCUCUAACUUGAACACCCACUGCUUGAAACUUGGGUGUUACUAUCCUAUGAUUACUAUUGUAGGAGACUAUUGAGUUCAAAUGGAAAAUCGUACCUUAACCGUUGUAUGGAAAAUGGAGGAGCAGUCCUGUCUGGAAGUUGAAACAAGUUAGGUAAAUGGCAGAUUUUAAAUCUAACGGCUGAAAAAGUGCCAAAUUUGAAUUUGAAAUAUCCAGUGACGACUACGCUUUUAUAAUGUUUUAAUAUUAGAUGAGAGUAUAAUUCAAUUUAUUUUAUUUCAUUUUCAACAGAACAAAGUAAUGUGGUCGAAAUAAUUACAAUGAACUUAUACAGACAAAAUAAAUUGAGGCAUGUACAAUAUAUGAUAUUAAUCUAUAAGUAAAACAAAACAGAGUAUUAUAUAUAAGCAAAAUAUCUUAAAGAUUAUGAAAUAAAAUUCUGAGAAAAUGGAGGGAUCCACUAAAAAGCAGUGCUUGUAUUGUGUGGACCCUUCUUAAUCACAUUCAAUGCCAAAGUUUUAGACAAGCUUUAGUUAAUUCAUGAAAGUUAUUUUUUAAUGUAAUAUGUUAUGUAUAGUUAUUAUUGUAUUAUUAUGAUUAUGAUAAUGAGUUGGACAUCUUUGAAAGUAAGCCAAGACACAUAUACAUGUAUGUCAAGGGACGUAGGACAACACAUUUCAAAGUAUUAAGCAUUUUGCAAAAGUGUGAUUUAAUUUCUUUGGCAGAAAGCCGGUCUUAUUGUAAUAAUGUAAUGAGUAGGUCGGGCCAAAACUGCUAAACAGUUGAAAUUUUGAGCCUCCAGUUUGAACUUGUGCUCCUGGUUUUCUGAUUUGAAGAUGAUAUUAUUCAUCAUCUUUAAACCAAUAUAUCUAUUGAAUUUGUCAUUAAGCCUGUGAAAUAUAAAAUCUGGAAGUACAUGUAUGCCAAAAUAUCGGCUUUAAAAAGAGAUUAUUGUUAUUGUGGAAUCGGUGUUAUAGCUCGUAUCAGAUACAGACAGAUGUAUUUGAUUUUCAUAUAAAGUCUUUCAUCACUCUUGAAAAUGUUUUGCCUGAUUUUGAAUGUUAUUUUUGCAUAUUUUUUUUUCUUUAUCAGAAAAGCGGUAAUAUUGAAUUAAAAGUUGUAUUUAUUUGAUUUAUAA